UUUCUAAUGUUUUGGCAACUUUCAUAGUUAUAAAUAUCGAAAACAUUGGAAUUUGCAUCGCAUGGGCAUUUAAAAACACUUCAUUACUGCUACACUAACUAGAAGUCAAGAUCUGUUUUGGGGUGACCAAUCACUCCAAAUUGAAAGUGCUUUGGAAAGUGUUGGUCAAAUAUUUAGAUUAAAAAUUAUCAAAUAAAUCCGCAAAAGCCAGUUAAGAUAAAAGAAAUCAGUGACUAUGUCGGGUGCCCCUAUUUGUCCCAAGUGUGGAGACAGAGUGUAUUUUCAAGAGGAAAGAAGCGCUGCAGGGAAGAAAUGGCACGAGAAAUGUUUCAAAUGUGGAAGUUGUAACAAAAGACUGGACAGCACAAAUGUGACUGAGCAUGAGGGAGAAGAGGGUAUGGAAUUAUUCUGUAACUCCUGUCAUCGCAAGAAAUUUGGACCCAAGGGGUAUGGCUUUUCUGGUGGAGCUGCAGGCCUCUCUACAGAUGGAGGUGAAGCUGGCAACCGUAGUUCUUACACUGGCACAACUGGGGGAUCCGUAGACAAAACCAACCCAAACAAUUGUCCCAGAUGUGGAAAGGCUGUCUAUUUUGCUGAACAAGUACUGUCGUUGGAUCGCAAAUGGCAUAAACUCUGCUUCAGAUGUUUGGACUGCAACCGUGGCUUGGAUAGCACCAAUGCAGCGGGACAUGAAGGUGAGGCAUUCUGUAAGGGUUGCCAUGGGAAACGUUACGGGCCCAAAGGUUAUGGGUUUGCAGGAGGUGCGGGUACGGGUCUUUCCAUGGACACGGGAAAGCGAGGAGAAGUCACAAGAGAUAAUGUCCCUGCAACUGCGCAAGCCUAUGCUGCACCCACAACUGAGCUCUCUAACCUGGAUUUAAAUGGUGAUGCCCCCAAGCGCACAUCAGUUGCGUCCAAGUUUGGUGGUGCACCCAAGUGUCCACGAUGCACAAAGUCAGUCUAUGCCGCAGAAAAGAUCAAUGGACCGGCAGGAUCAUCGUACCACAAAGCGUGCUUCAGAUGUAAAGACUGUGGAACAUCUCUUGAAUCUGGCAAGGAGUGCUCAAGAGAGGACAUCAUAUUCUGCAAAGGUUGCUAUGGAAAGAGUUAUGGACCCAAGGGAUAUGGAUAUGGAGGAGGCGCUGGAGCUCUUUCUGUUGAGGGGAAAUAAAGGAUACUUUAGCAUCAGAUGUUGCCAUAGCAACCAGCAACCUGCCAUUACUAUAGCAACAUGAAUAUCUGCAUUUUUAAUAGAAAAAUAUUUUCAGUGACAACCAGUAAUUAUAGCAUCAUAAUAAUGUAUCAUAGGAACUAGCCAUAACUAUUGUAAAACUCAUCGCCAUAGCAACCAGUAAUACUAUCACAUUGGAUCAUGAUUACAUUAAUAGAGCUUAAUGAUAUGGUUUUAUACAUAUUUAAAGUAUAUAUGAGCUAAAAUUGUAUGUUAACCUCCCCCUUCACCCAGGAGGGCAGAUAUUGGGGGAGAUAGUUUCAUCAUUAAUGAAGCAUUGGGACCACAGUUGAAGCCCCUUACCCAUGUGAAUAAUAGUAAAAGCUUCAGAAGCUUUGAAAAAAUGGAUUUAUAUUUGAAAAAAUUGUGACUCAU